UUUCCUGCCUCCAAGAUGUAGGGGGUGCGGGGGAAGGCUUAAGGAGCGGGACCAAGAUGGCAGCGCCCAGCCCCACCACCGUUGCUCCUGCCCCGGAGAACGAGAACGAUGAUUCGGGGGGCAAAACCAAGUCGCCGGCUAUCACCCCGCAGAAGAUCCGGGAGCUGAUAGACGGGGGGAUCGCUCCGGAGGAGAGCAGCCUGGAAGGAAAUGAUACAUCAGCCUUAUCUGAAGUGGCAAAUGGGCCUUCCCAGACCGAUGAGCUGCCUUUUGAAACCAACAGCAAAGAAGCCUACUUCAGCAGAGUGGAAACAUUCACCUCCCUCAAGUGGGCCGGCAAGCCCCACGAGUUGUCUCCCCUGAUCUGUGCCAAAUAUGGAUGGACCAACAUCGAGUGUGACAUGCUCAAGUGCGCCAGCUGCCAGGCCUACCUCUGUGCCAGUCUACAGCUGGCUUUCGACUUUGGCAAGUACAAGGAGAGGUGUUUGGAGCUGCGGAAAGCUUUGUCGACGGCUCACGAGAAGUUCUGUUUCUGGCCAGACAGCCCCUGCCCAGAUCGAUUUGCCCUCUUGCUGGUCGAUGAGCCCCUUGCCCUUUUCCAUGACUUCCUGGAGCGCUUCCAUGGCCUGUGCCGGCUCGAGCUUCAGCUGCCUUCGCUCAGACCGGAAGAUCUGAAAAGCAUGCCCUUGACAGAGGAGAAGAUCAGCGGCCUCCUGCAACUGAUUGAAGAGGAAGCUGACUGCAAAACGGACGGCGAGAAAACGCCACUCAAGCGUGCUCCAGAUCUCCUUCAAGUCCACAUCCCUGCUUGCAUCUUGGCCCUCUGUGGCUGGAUGAGCUGCCCUUCUUCCGGAUCCGUCCACCUGCCCUUAAUCACCUGCUGCCGCUGCAUGAGGAAGGUGGGGCUCUGGAGCUUCCACCAGCUCGACUCGGCUGUCCCCGAGAUGGAGCCGCCCCCCGGCCUAAGCAGCACUCCCGUCGCUCCUGCUGAUGGGCGGGCCGACAAAGGCUCCGUGGUGCCCACGUCUCCGCGCCGGAUGAUGACCCGUAGCCAGGAUAUGACCUUCCCUCUGGGCUCUGAACAGCACGAGAAGAGCCCGUCCCCUGUGAUCAGCCGCAUGCGGAGCUGGGACAGCUCCAGCUCGGGCGAACGCCCAGAGGCCGAAGGGGCCGGGCCCAGCCCCCGCAGCCGCCCCGUCACCCGCAGCAUGGGCCAAGGCGACGUCAGCGGGCUGGGCGCGGAGGUGCACUCCAGUCCUCACCGGAGAGCCAAGCGGGCACGCCUCUGCUCCUCCAGCAGCUCGGAUUCAUCUUCCCGGACCUUUUUUGACCCGGCCUCCCAGCACCGUGACUGGUGCCCCUGGGUCAGCGUGGCGAAGGAGACCGAGACCUCUGAGGACGGAGGGGACCAUCCGGAGCGGGCGGCGUGGAAGGCCCUUCCUGGCUGGCAAGAAGCCCUGCGGGUGUUCCUGGAGUCCGGGCAUUCGGGAAGACCAGCCGCUAUGGAGCCUGGGAAUCUCUCCAUGAAAUCCCACAAGGUGUUCCGGAUUUUCCGGCAAUGGGAAGCAACUUGUUCCUCCUGAGGUUUUUGGUCCUUGAUGGCAUCUGGGAAAUGAACCUGCCAAGCAUGUUGCAUGGGAUUGCUCUCUCUUUCUCAUUUUUUUAAUUAAUGGAACUAGACUACUCUUUGCAUCGGAGCCAGGGCUGCCCUGGAAAUACCCACCUUCAAUCCAAAAGUGUGUUCCGGAGCAAUUCUCCCUAUAAUCGGCAGCCUCUGACGUGUAAUCAACAGACACUGACAGCUAUUUCAUCUCCUCCUCUGGAUUUGUGUGAGCAUUUCCUGAAGACUCUGUGCUGGUUCCUAGCUGCCUCCCCACCAAUUGUGGGGUGGUUCUACCAUAUUCCCUUGCUUUCACUGAUCAGGAUCCCACCUCUGAAGGGAGAGGCAGGCAGCUAUAUUUGGGUAUGCCUUUGACACAGAACUAGGUUGGUUUCGCUGUCAAAGCUCACCAGCUCCUGUCCCCCUGCAAGAAAUCCUGGAGACUGUCGUUCUGCCAAGAGCCUAAGUAGAGCUGACCCCCAGUUCUCUGCACCUGCAUGGAACUACAAUUCCCAGCACUCCUUGAGGGAAAGCCAUAUCAUCUACAGGAAUUAAAACCAGUUUAAAUGUGUAGUGCAGAGGCGGCACUUGGGUUAAGUUGAUGUGUGUAGCCAGACGAAGACCUGGCCCAUUUAAAUCACCUUUGAGGAACUGGGUAUUACCCGUUAAUAAAACAUGUCACUUUCUUUUUA